AUGAUCAUCGCAUCGACGGCAGGGAUCGACGCCUUCUCGUUCGACUAUGCCGGGAACGGCGCUUGGACGAAAGCCGACGUCAUCUCGCUACUCAGCACGUACGCCCGUAAUGGUGUCUACUUCCAGCACGAUGGGUCGAUGCCGCUUGUUUCGACGGUCGAGGGUCCCGCCAGCGCAGCGGAUUGGGUCGAAAUCAAGGCGACCAGCGGCUGCUUUUUCAUGCCGGAUUGGUCGUCGCUGGGUGCCAAGGUGGCUGUCGAGCUCGAGGGCUUGGAAAUAGACACCUACGGCGAUGCCUCGUAUAUCCAAUACCUCAACGGCAAACCCUACAUGAUGGCCGUAUCGCCCUGGUUCUACACCAACCUGCCGGGCUAUAACAAGAACUGGAUGUGGCCGGAGAAGGAGAUGCUUCUUUGGCCCCGGCGCUGGAACCAGAUUCUCUUCCUGCAGCCCGACUAUGUCGAGAUCAUCAGCUGGAAUGACUUUGGCGAGGCGAGUAUGGACCACAGCGGCUUGCACUAUCCACUCCCCGUUUGGGCGAAUCAGUACAAGAACAACGUUGCCACCGUCAUUGACGAGAGCCUGAUACUCAUGUAUCAACUUCAUGACGUGAUGAGCUGCAACGACGGCGGCACGGUCGUCAAUACUGCAUCACAGCUACAGGUCGAGGUGCUGCCCGAGGACUCCGUAAUAAUUUCCCGCUACAUCGGCUUCAUGGCCACGCUCGGAUCCUCAGCAAGUGUGCGAAUCACGGUUGGCGGCACAACCAUGACCUCCGGUUGGCUACGUGAACCAGCCGGGGGGGUGGGCGUCUACUACGGCACGCUCUACCUGGAAGACGGCAUCACCGGCGAUGUCACGGCUGAGCUGGUCCGCGACGACGUAAAGGUGAUCCAGAUGACCGGUGACGCGAUCGGAGGAUGCAGAGACGACGGAUACGCCAACUUCAACUUUAAUGUCGUCGGCAGUUUCUCCCCGCAGACAGUCUCAGCUGACACGGCCAAUCUAGACGAUCUCGUGUGCAACGCGGGCACAGGAGCGGUAGACUUCGCAGUGAUCUGCUCGAAGUCCUGCAGGUACGGCUACUGCCCCUUCGGCGCCUGCGUCUGCACGGGCAUGGGUGAGCAGACGGAGUUGCCCGAGGCCACGGGUGUCCUUGGGUACGCCAAGAGCGAUACCAACUACAUCGGCCUGUGCUCCUUCCUGUACAACUACGGCUUCGAGUUCGACAAGUACUGCUCCACUACCGAGAAUUCCCUGAGCACGCCUAGUGUGUCGCCCUUUCUUCCGGAUUACUGCACCGGCGGCACCGCUACGGAUGACUGGACGGAGUAUGGUGCCGACGAUCUGUGCGCCUGGCUCUGUUCCUACGGAUACUGCCCCAUCCGUAUCUGCAGCUGCUCCUCGCAGGGGACGCUGGUGCCAUUGGACAAUAUCGCCGUGCCUAGCGAUAUCGUUCUGCCGGACGAGGAUAACAUGACGCUGGACAACAUGUGCACCUUCGCGUGCAACUAUGGCGUCUGCGUCUGCGAAGUGAGCGAUGAGUCCUCUCCUGCUUGUGAUUGGACUCUUUCAUUCGACACCCUCUUGGACCUGGCGGCCGUGUCCGACUCGUACACAGCCUACUGCAACGAGAUUUACGCACUCAACGACGUGAACGAUGGCUACGAUACCCUCUUCGGCUACUACGUCAAGUACGUCGACAACUUGAUCCAGCCAGCCAUCGACACUUUCAUGGCCCACGACGGCUGGACCUUCUUCGAGUGCGCGUGGGGCAGCGGCGCUGACGCGACGGACCCGGGCGACCUGGCGUGCCCAGACACCUCGGACAUCGACAGGGAGAACCAGCUAUUGCAGAACGGCAUGACGGUAACCUGGUCAUUCGCCAACGAGACAGGAUUCUGGGCGGUGCUAGAGGAGACGUACGGCAUCGAGCAGGCCUGGGUCAAGAUGGGGUCGAUCGAAGUCGCCACCGACUGCGUGCCUGGCAGCAUCAGCUGCCUCGGCUCCGUCUGCGUCACCACCUCGCCCUGCAUUGCCAAGUUCCUGAAGUACGACAACUUCCCCAUGAAGGCCGACGACAUCGUAGUCCCCAACCCCAAGGACAUCUUCACCGAGGCGGGCACGGGCCUCGGCGAUCUCCCCGACAAGAUCGACGCUACGACUUUCGACAUCAUGCUCGGCCAGUGGAACGGGUCUGGUCUCGAUCCAGUACAGGUCGUUUCCAUGCCCGUGGCACUCGCUCAACAGGCCGUCAGCGCCAUGCAACAGGUCAAGGACUUGGGGGAGACGGAGAAGGAGGAGGAUAUUUACACUAUUGUGGAGGAUCCCGACAGCGCACCCAUGGCCAUUAUGGGUAUGCUAGUCGACGCCGGUGGGGUGGCACUGGCGGCGAGAGACGCUGAGGGCUUUGCUACGAUGGCUUCGCUGCGUAGGGGGAUGGGCGAGGGGGUGGAGGAACAGGCUACGCUAAUCCAGAAGAUUACGAGGAGCUCCGACCAGUAG